AAACUAUUCUGAUUUUCAAUUAUUCAGUUGAUCUUGAACAACACAUGUCAGUGUACACAACAUGGCCUCUGUAAAGUUGUUGCUCGCUGCUUGCGUUCUAUCAGCCCUCUCGCUCUCAGCAAAUGCUGGUCUUUUGGAUUAUAUUUAUCCUGCAAUUAUGACGGAGUUCUAUAGCCAAGUGCCCACAAAGGAGGGCUAUCGCUUCAAACUCGAAGAGCCGAAUGGUAGUAAACGUGAGGAAAUUGGUGUUGUAAUGAAUCCUGACACACCCGACGAACAAUUGGUCAUUAUGGGCAUGUAUACGGUGUAUGAUGAGAAGACAGAUACGGAGACAGUGACGAUGUAUACGGCGGAUAAAGAUGGUUACAAACCGAGAUAUAUGUUGAAAAAUCGUAAAUUAAGUGCGAAAACGUUAAUGUCCAGUGCGGGUUAAGAGUUGGAGUGUUCAUUUAAAUAAAUUAAUUAUAUAUGCAUUUUACGUACAUACAU